AUCAUACUUUUUAGUGAAUUUGAAACCUGAUUUUUUUCAAGUUCACAAUAUUUUUAAACAUUCAACGAUAUAUGAACUUUUUAUCUGGCAUCUCUGUAGAAGACUGUCAAAAUUGAUAAACAAAAGUUUCUAGAGUUUGAGCACAUCGGUCUGUGCCAAAAGGAAGAGAAGGAAAAAAAAAGAGUUUGAGCACGUUUCUGAGCGGGAACGAAUAUCUACGAAACUUGUGAUUCAAACGUUAUUCAGCUAAAGUAUUUUGAACCCGCUAAUUUUGUCCAAACAAAAAGUAGGAUUUUCAUUCUACUUGAAUAAAACAAAGAAAAUGUUCGUGUGUCGAGCUUUUCGAGUUUUUAUUCCUCGAUUAAAUUCACAAGCAUUUUGCAGUGAACCAGCACGGAUCGAAAAAACGAUAAACUCCGUCUCAUUGUUAGGUCGCAUAGGAGCAGAUCCACAAAAACGAGGUAACGAUGCCCAUCCAGUUGUUACAUUUUCACUAGCAACACAUUCGAACUAUCGCUAUGAAUCUGGCGACUGGAUGCAAAAGACAGAUUGGCACAGAGUGGUGGUAUUUAAACCAGCCUUACGAGAUUCUGUUAUGAGCUACCUACGUAAAGGCCAGAGAGCAAUGGUUACUGGUAAAAUAAGUUACGGAGAGAUAACAGACCAAGAAGGAAACCAGCGAGCAACAACUAGCAUAAUUGCCGAUGAAGUGAUUUUUUUUACAAAUAAAAGCUAAAAGAUGUGAACAUUUAUAAUUAAGAAGUAGUUUGUGUUUACGAAUUCAUAAUAAAUAAGUCUAAACUAGA